UUGCGUGUCCUCGAGAGCCGACGACGCAGUCUCUCGCAAAAAGAAAACAUCGAGCAUCUCAUCUGUCGCUUGCGCGCAAUAAAAAAAUUAUCAUUCCUCGCUCACCGGCUCGCAAGUAUAUAGAAAGCAAGUACUUAGGUAAUCCGAGAUUGCGGGGGAAACAUGAAGACUAGCGCUGCCGAUCCGUGGUCGAGCGUUGACUCGUGUGGGAACGGCGACGCUGGCAAUAGCGACUUAUCCGAGGCUAGUUCGUCAGCAGCCACUGUACAAAAGAGCUUCGAGGACUCGUUCGUUGAUUCUUCUGCGGCAGCCAGUGAGGAUCUGCAAAAACUGCCCGAUUCCGAGCAGUACUUGGCUCGACUUCAGUCAAGACUAAAAGCUAUACAAGGUGGAACUUCUAAGCGUGACCUUAUAAAUUCACUAUCAGAAGCAAAGGAAGAUUGCAUCGCCAGAUUAAUCACUGCUGGUCAAAAUCUAGAGACUGCAGAAGAAAGAGAACUUGCUGCUAAUCCUGUUAUUAGGCAUAUUGCUCCGCAUUUGCAAGCUCUUACUGCAAAUGAACUAGUACAUUUGCUGAAAGCUGAUGUACUUCAAAAAGUUGUAGACGAACAGAACAAUCAGUCUGAAAACGAAGACACUGAAAGCAAAUCAACAGACAGUCAACCAGACAUUCAAAAUCAAGAUUGUAACGGCUUGUAAUUCAUCAAAAUGACUGACAAAAUAUUUUCGGGAAAAGUCUUUCUGCUAGUAACUGGAGCUAGCCAAGGCAUUGGUAGAAAAAUUGCUGAAAUCCUUGGUUCAUCCCUACAGCAGGGCUCACAGGUUUUGUUAUUAGCUAGAAACACUGAAAAUCUGAAAGGAACUGCAGACAAAUUACCAAAGCACGUAAUUGUAAAAUAUGAAAGUGUUGACUUGAGUAAAGCUACAGCAGAUGAACUUAAAGAUAUUAUCAUUAAAUCUAUCGGUGUAAAUGGAACAAGCCAAUUUGAUGAAGCGGUAGUUGUACAUAAUGUAGGAUCAGUUGGAGAUGUAUCACAACCCACAGUUAAUAUGAUUGACUUUGACAUUUGGAGAAAAUAUUAUGAUUUAAAUGUAUUUUCCCCAGCUGUUUUGAAUGGUGUUUUUAUGGAAUUAUUUAAGGAUCCAAGUAUUAAGAAGCACGUGAUAAAUAUUACUUCUUUGUGUGGAAUUCAGGCAAUGAAAUCUAUUGGAUAUUAUUGUACUGGAAAAGCAGCAAGGGAGAUGUUUUUCAAGGUCUUUGCAGAAGAAAACCCUAAUGUUAAUGUCUUAAAUUAUUCACCUGGACCAGUGGAGACAGAAAUGUUACAAACAAUAUCUAACAACGUUGGUGAUAAAGAAGUUAAGGCUAGUUUUCAGGAUAUGAGACAAAACAAAAAGGCUUUGACUACAGAUCAAACGGUAACGCGUCUCUCUGAAGUUCUUUCUAAAAGAAAGUAUAAAUCAGGCGAUCAUGUAGAUUAUUACGACAAUCUGUAAAAAUUUUAAUUUGUAAUUAACGCAUUCCAAAAUUUAUAUCUCAAUAAAUCAUCUUUUGCGCUUUGCAUACA